AUGGCCACUUGUAUGCAGCGCGCGCAAUCGACGACGUCGCGAAUCGUAUUCUGUAGCAAGACGUAUCUGUUUACCUUUGACAACGACUCGUUGCGGUGUUCCGUGUCACAUAUUCUGGUCACAUACGAACCAACUUCGAAUAGAUCUACGCGCUCGAGCAAGGCCGUCGCGAUGCUCCGCGCGACUCGGAAAUACCGUUGGCGUCUCACAGGCACGCCUGUCACGAAUACACUUGCGGACAUUUACGGCCUCAUCCGCGAUUGGGAAGACUUCAACGCGUAUUAUAUCGCGAAGGUGCAGCUCGAGGACGCGCCGCUUGCGGGUCUUCGCGCCCAGGAGGUGCUGAAGCCGCUCCUGCUCAGACGGAUGAAGGGCGCCCAGCUGGAAGGACGUCCGUUGCUCCAGUUGCCUGAGAAAGACAUCGAGUUGGUCAUGCUCGAUUUCUCCGAGGAAGAGCGGGAGCUUUACGACAGCUUCGAGAAGCGAGCGCAGAUCCAGAUCAAUAGGUUCAUUCGGGUCGGUGUACAGGUCCUGAUUCUGCGCUUGCGCCGGUUGUGCUGCCACCCGCAUGUCAUUCUGAAUCUCAUGGAAGGCUUUGAAGACCCGACGCUAGUUGUUAGCAGCGAUAACGACAAGGAAGUCGCCCGUGCGAACAAGCUCUUGGGUGCGCAGUGGGUCAUGGAGGUCAAGAAAAGGUGUCUCUGGUAUAGAAGUUGGUUGAAUUCCCCCUAA